UUCACAGUCGAGUGCCGCACGGGACACAGGAAUCUCCAAAAAGUUUUUCAUAAGGAAGCGCGCGCUUUGUAACAUAUCCUUUGACGCAGUUCGGGUGUUUUCAUGUCAGUAGUUGUGUAAAUCGUGAAAAUGAGGUGGGCUGCUUCGUUGUUAUUCGUCAAUUUAUUAUCUACGGUCUUGACAGCGGAAAUAGACGAUGGGGCGCCUUUCCUGCAGGUCAUGGCAAGAUCAUCAGUUUACAAUGUCGGCGAGAAGAAAGCAAUUUACUGUAAAGGACUGAAUUUGCCUGAGAAAAUCGUAUGGUACUCGCCUUCCGGCAAUAUUGUUGAAGGACGCUCUGUCAAGAAUACCAGGGUAUAUGUAGAACGGCCUAAAAACGAAACUCUAGUCAGCAGCCUUGUGCCACUCAUCAUCCAUAGCACCAAGAUAGAAGAUAGCGGUAACUGGACCUGUAAAGCCGGAUCUCUCAGUGAAAAACUGGAAAUACUUGUAGGUGAAAAAGUUAAUUUGAGCGUAAAGGAAGAUAGCUUCAUAGGAGAGGAGUCGAAAUCAGCAAAACUCGAUUGCGUAGCUAAAGGUUACCCAAAACCCGUCGUGCAAUGGUACAAGGAUUUAGUGCCUAUUAUCGAUGAUCAUAAGAAAUAUAUCGUAAGGAAAAGGGAAGACAACCAUCAAUUGGAAAUCAGGAACUUGACUCACCAAGACACCGGAGAGUACACGUGUAAGGUGACCCAAAAAGCGCUGUCCUAUUACACCUACAAACGUGUCUUUCUUACCGUACAACAUAAACCUGUCAUCGUCAACCACGAUACUAAUGAGGUCUAUUACACCAAGUAUAGCAGUGAAGAGGUCUACGCUAUUGUCAAUAAAACCAAAAACAUUACGUGUAGUGCUAUUGCGAGCCCUCCUCCUACUUUCCGUUGGAACAGGCGACAAAACGGUUUCGAUGGAGAUGCUAUUGAAGAUGAAGAAACGGUCUUGAACUCUGCCGAUGGUACCACUUCGGUCUUACAGCUGAGAGUAUACAAUGAGAGCUACCUGGGCGAAUAUAAGUGUUCUGUUUCCAAUGAUAUGGGUCAUGUCUCUAUUGUCUUUGACGUCCAAUUGGGAAAUAAACCAAACCCACCAGACUCCGUGAACUUCAUGUACGCUACGGCAUCUGAGAUGACUUUCAACGUCACUUGCUCAACGUGCAAUUUGGCGAUUGAAGAAGAAGACAAGUCUCCUGACCCCAAAAAUCUUACGGUUAUCGGUUAUUCAUUCCAGCUCGUUCCAUUCCAAGAAAAUUAUCCCGCGGAUUGGGAUGCAGCAACAGAAUUCAAAGUUGAUAUUGUGUGGUCUAACGAUACGCUAUUCACUGUGGGUCCGCUGGCUAACAAGACGACUUACCACGUGCGCGUGAGCUCGCGGAACGCAGCCGGCACGUCGGAGUGGGUGGAAGUGUCACCACCACCCUCAACGAGCUUCGCCGUCAAACUGGUCGUGUCCGUCGUCCUUCUAUUCGGCGCCUCGGUGUUCGCGCGUUGUUAUUAAUUUUUACUAUGAAGGAUCGAGCUUAUUUCUUAGAGCGAUGUUGUAGUGUUACUGUAAAUAAUUCCGUUUGAUGAUUAUGUAAUAUAAUGUAUUUAUCGUUGGAUUUUCUAAAGGCUCGAUCGGCUAUUCGAUGUUAACCGUCAAUAAUUGCUUUCUAGAAAAGAUAAUUAUUAUUUUUAUCAUAUAUUUUGUUGAAUUUAAUUUUUAAGUUAUAUGAUUUUUACGACAUCGCAAAAAUAUUUGACACAUUGGAAUUAAAAUGGUAAUAUUCGAGUCUCAUUAAAAAGGAUCCUAAAACAUAUACAAAAGACUUUAUAUAAUUAUUACUAAGACACUAUUCUUAGUUGUUAACACAUUUGAAUAAUUGAACAACAUUCCAAGCAACCGUAGAUAGAAAAUAUAAUUAUUUAAGAAGAUAUUGUGUGUUUAAAUUCAUAAAAGUGUUCACUCUAUUGAUGUAUCUAUGUUAUAAUUUAAGAUUUUAUGAUUAUAAUAACAUAAAUAUAAAACGCGAUUAUACGUGACUGAGAGGAAGAAAAUUUUGCUUCAGAUAUAAUAACAAUAAUUUCGCUUACAAUAAACGCAUACAAUGAAAGUAAAAUGUAUUGCAAUUCGUAUGAAUUUUGGUGCGUAUGCCUUAAACAAAAUGAAAGUUUAUUUGCACGAGUGCGUACUGUCUUAAAUAUUUUUUUACAAAUAAAUAACGAUUGGGAAUAUUUUUAAUAAAUCACAUUAUACAUAUGAUUUUCAAAUAUUUGAUUUAAAAAAAAAAAAGUACAUUUCGUCCACGUCGUGACUUUCGCUUUCGAUGGAUUUAUAUAAGAUUGAUAAAAUGUGUUUGUUGUUUACCUUAUGUAAUUGUCAUUUCAUCAAAAAUAUAGACAAUAAGCUUCUUUCAUUAUUGUAAUAUUAUGUGCUGUAAUAUUCAUUGAUUUGUUUUUGAGAAUUAUUAUAAAUAUGUAUUGUUUCUAGCUAAAGUAAACUUUAUAAAUGGAUAUAUUUAAAAUAGUAAAUAGAUCUCAUACGAAUGUCUCUUAUGUAUUAAAUUUAUUUUUCUUCACCUAACACGUUUCGCAGUACUCAGAUUAUCAUUACCCUUAAGAUAAAAGUAUCAAAGUGUAGAAGUAGCAGGUUAUGAAGCAGAAUGUAAUCUCUGCUUGAUUUGUGGUCGCAAUGUAAAUAUAAAAUUAAAUGUUGUUCGCUUAUAAUGUUUAAUUGUAUAGUAUUUUUAAUGAAUAUGUGCAAAUCGUAUAAAAUUGUGCUUAUGGCGUUUGAUUUUAUUUUUUGACAAACACGAAAAUUUUAACGAGAACAAAUCACAGCCAACUUUUAUAUUUAACCAACCAAUAAGAAUCGAGCAUUUGAAAGUUCAGUUCUCAGUCUCCAGUUUUACAGCAUUUAUUUUGUAAGUAUAUAAAUAUAUUUAUUUCCAAUCUCUUAUUGCUACUUAUACAUCAUUCAGACAUCACUUAUCUAUCUUCAUAUAAAAGUAAAUAGUUUGUAUAUUUGUUUAUCUGAACACGAUUAUACAGAAUGUAUCGAUGUAUUUUAGUAGGGCAUUUUCCUGAAAGAUACAUAAGGCUAUGACCUACCUACGACGGCGAAGUGGUAACGCGGGUAAAACCACGCGGAAGAGCUAGUUCACAUCAAUCACCAUAAACACAAUUUUCGUCAUAUGUUUUAGGAUUGCACUGAUUAUAUUUAUCUUUUUUAAUAUUAGGGUGUUAUUAUUUGAUGUUAAAAAUUAAAAACUCGAACUAAAUUUAGACGAUGACAAUAUUAAUUACUUCAAACCAGAGUACGCUUUGCCGCUUUUGAUACCAUUCGUACCUAAUAUUUAUAUUGGAUUUUAAACGAUAGCGUAUUGAAACUUGUAAUUUUCACUAAGUAAAAACGGUUAAAUAUUUAUUGAGUGGUAAUCGAUAGUAUUGGAUAGUACGGGAUGACUUCUCUUAUUCAUAAUUGAUUUUUAAUUCGAUACCAAUUAAAAUUACCGUCAAUUUUAUAAAGUGUUAUAUUACAAGGUGUAACUCAAUUAUAGAUAGUGUAUACAGGAAGACUGAAUUUCUUCUAUUUUGCGUUUUACUUUCUACAUUCUAGGUAUUGUAUAUUAUCGUUUUUGUGAAUGAUAUAUAUAUGUAGGAAUUUAAUAAACGAAUUUCUGUUGUUAAGCUUAAAAAGCGCGUAGGUCCCUGCCAAGUCCCAUAGGGGCAGUAAACACAUGUUCCCACAUCGUACUUCCUUUGAGCAGUUUCAAUUACCGUAAUGUUUUAUGUCAAUGUAUAUAUGUCAAUGGUUAUCUCGCUCUUAAUGUAAACAAAUUGUUAAUUACAUUACAUACACUGAUUCUGCUGAUAUUAAAGGUGGUUUAUAAAAUA